CACAUAAUACAGAGAGAGUGAGAGAGAAAGGGCUGGCUGUCAAAUGCAUAAAAUGGCCACAAACCAACCUUCAGUUAACCUGCAUGCAGAUGAAGACUAUAUUGAUAUGGAACUGAGCUCUUCUUCCAACUUCUUGUGUUACUUUAUCAGUUCCCCACCACAAACUAGAGAGUUUGAGUUCCAAAUGACUUCAAUGUCACGUGAGAGAGAAUCCACAACUUCCCCAGCUGAUGAGCUCUUCUACAAGGGAAAACUCCUUCCUCUUAACCUCCCUACUCGGUCACAAAUGGUUCGAAAAAUCCUUCAGAGCUCUAGCACAGAAAUUGAACCCAAAACAGAAGAAGCCUUAGAAGAAAAGUACUAUAGCAGUCCUUUUAUCACUAGUACUGGCCCCAGUACUGCAGAUUCUACCAAUAGCAGUACUCCACUUGACUCCCGCAACAUUUCACCAUCACAGUCUUGCCGGUUUAGUAGUGAAGUAAGCCCAGAUGAGUGCUUCUUAGAAUGGUCUAUUGAUAAAAGUGAAUUCAUUGGCAGUCAUUCAAAGAAGUCUUGGGCCAAGAAGCUCAAGCAAAUCAAGCAAUUUGCACUUGGUCAAAAACUCAAGGCUUCAAGUUCAUAUCUCAAGACUUUGUUCAGCAAAUCUGGUUGUUCAGAUGCAUCCUCCAGUGCCAAGGCAGCAUGCACUCCAGAAGCAAAAACUGCCUCAAAGGGUAAGGAUUGUCUAAAUAAGUUUAUGAAGGUACCCAAGAAAAACCCACUCGGAAAAAUUGAUAGGGAGAAAUACCAGAUAUCAUCCACUUGGAUGAAGAGCAUUGAUGAAGAGACGCUAGGGAAUCGAACUGUUUGCAGCCCCAGGAGGUCUUUUUCUGGGGUUAGUCAACGGCGUUCUGAUACCAAGUCAUGGUCUUCGUCUACAUCUUCUUCUGGUUCUUCAUCCUUUUCAUUCGGUUCAAGUGGAUUUAAUGAUCUACAGCUGCUCAAGAGGAUCAAUUGCAGCAUGGACUCAGAGCUUGAGAGUUCAAUAGAUGGAGCAAUCGCUCACUGUAAACAGUCUCAGCAGCUAUUUAGUUCUUCAAAGGUUGUUGGUGAUGUUGCUUCAAAGAAUGAAUUGUGUUGGGAUCAAGAAAGGAGAGGACUUUGCAUCAUCUGAUGGAAACUGGAGAAAAGCUCAUGACAGAGACAUUUCCUGAAUGUAAUAUUGUGACGUUCGGAUUAGAUGGUUGGUUUCAAUGGACUA